GUCUGGCCCCCCAAGGAGAUUUCAAUAAUGAAUAUUCUAACCUCCUUGUCUAGACCGGCUACAGUUUGAACUUUCAUUUGUUCAGUGUUUAUAAACAGCUGUGUCUGAAGUAUGUCAAGUUUUCGGUGUAACUUUCGCGCACCAUUUUGCUACAACGCGUCGAAAUAACGCUUGAAGUCAUACUGCUGAAUGAAUCUGGCACAAAGGCUCAUAUACCUUCAGACGGACAGUAGAUGUUCGUUUGCAUAAGCUGUUUUAUGCUAUCAUUUACAGACGACGGACAUAUUUGUGCCUCUUAAAACUGAAAAAGAAUGAACAGUAGAGCAAACGAACAUUUUAGGAAAUCAUAGUGGAUAAAUUUGAACGAGAAAGUUGCAGGUGUUUAAAUAACAUUGUGCACAUCAGAAGUGCAGACAGUACGAAGUAGAGGUUGAGGAAGAAAGUAUAGUACCUACUGCAAGAAUCAAAUCCAUUAAAGUUGUGUGCCGCUAUUUUGAUGAAUUCCGAAGUGACUUCUUCAUGUUCGUAUCUCAACUCCAUAGGCAAAAUGCAGAAAGAAAAUGGAAGUUCCACCAUUUGGGAGGACAUCAUGACUCAUUCCCAGGAAGCCAGAGUUUCCAGUUCGCAAGACACCUUUCGGGUAGAGAAGGAAACCAUUUCCAGUGUAUCAGCUUUAGUCAGCAAAUUGAAUUCGUGUUCUGCCAUUGGUGCUGAUGGUUGCAAUGAACGCCGUAAAGGUGAUUUAUCAGCAACCAAUAACUUGGAUGCAAGAAAAACUCAAGAGACAUUCCCUUGGCUGUCUGACUUCUGGGAAACUUGUCGGAGCUCUGUCGGAACGAAGAACGUUAAAGUGUUGGAAAAUCUUAUACUGGAAUACCUAGCGAAAGUCAGUGGCAGUGUAAAAGAUUGCUACAUGAAACCUAAUCGUGCAGCUAAACUGAAGAAGUCUAUGAAUGAUGUGCUGGUAUUCUUUCAUCUGUGCUACCAUGACAUGCAGGAGUCUAUGGAACAUUCCACCUAUCUUGACCGAAUGACUGAGUUGGUUUCUAUGUAUUUGGACAUGGAAAUAAAGGCUUCAAGGCGAAGAAAAGAAAGUGUGAAGAAAAUCGCUUGGAGGUUAUCAUCGAGUCUCAAUGUGUUGUUGGAUAAUUCUGAAGAACACAUGUUGGAUGCAAUCCUGAAAGCAAAAUUUAUAAACAAACACCAUAGAGAAUUGUGUGCUCCUCUUUUAGGGAAAAUACUUAACAGGAGUCACACAUACAAUAUGUAUGAAACAUUGUAUGUACGUUAUCUGCUGGUGUUCAAACUGUGGAAGAAAGUUGUUGCUAAUGCUGAUGAACGCCGCCGUAUAAACAAAUUGGCUGUUGCCAAAUUGAUUCCACCUCCACAUUUUGUAGAGAAGUCUAAACUGUUUAACACAGUGUUGCCAAAAAUACCAAAGUCCAAGAAGAAUGUGACCAUGUUUUUUAUGCAAGCAAAGUUCAAUUUGAAAGCUGCUUGUGUGGCUUUCCUGAAAACUUGCAGAGAGUCACAGCAACCUGGGUUCUCACAGGCAUUAGCUUUAAGUAUUGACAAACCUGUAUUCUAUGCGGAUGGUCGUGCCAACUCACCUACGGGUCUUGAUGAAAAGGACAUUGGUGGAGGAAGUGGCAGCUUAAUAAAUGACAUAUGGUCAAGUAUAUGCAAUGUGGGUUCUGCAUUGGAGAACAACAGUCAGCUGAAAGAUCUAGAAGUAGAAAAACAAAACAUGGAACAAGUAGUCAAAAAGAAGAAAAUUAAAGACAAGUCUGUUAAAAAGAAAGUUAAGAAGAAAAAAGAUGAGAAAAAGGUUACAAGUGAAGAAAAUCCUGAAAAAAUGAAAAAGAAAAAACUAAAAAAGAAAAUAAUUGUGGGGUUUGGUGAAAUGUUACUAGGCAGUAGUGUUGCAAGUAAUAUUUCUCUUCUGAAAAAACUUUGCAAAGGGGAUAAGGCAAAAAAGACGAAAAAGAAAAAAAUACUAAAAGAGAAUUCCAAUGUUUGUCCUGUGCCAGUGGGAGAUAUAAAAACAAAUGAAUGUGACAAUUUAUUAGGUACAGAUAAAGAGAGUGAGAAACAGCUCUUAAAAGAAACUGUUGAAGUUAAAGUGGAAACUAGUGUCAGCAGUGUUAAAGAAAUUGAUAGUGGAAAGAAAGAGGGUUUUGAAAAUACAGAUGCUCUGCAGAAAGAGAGUGUUUGUGUAGGAACAACAUUGAGUGUCAAGCAAAAUUCAUUAGCAGUAACAAAAGAUGACAGCAUAGUACAAAUAAAUGAACCAUUGAACCAGGUUGACCUUGUAAAUAGUGCUAGUUCAAAUGAAACUUCUAUUUUAUCAGUGCCCAAAGACAAAAUCAAGAAAGUGUCCUCAGAAAACGAACGAAGUCCUAUGAAUCAGGUGCAUAUUGUUAAUAGUGCUGGAUCAGAGGAGGCUUUUGAAACUCAGCGUAGGGUUAUUGUUAAGGUUGUUGAUAUGGCAGAUGUAGUACAACCAAGUAGCAGCAGUAGUCCGCCAGUCGAUGUGACAGCACAUAUCCAGCUUCCAGAUGUAUCUGUAGGAUCUAGUCAGUUGGUUCCAGUGACUACAGAAAAUGAAGCAUUAGCAACCAAACAUACAGAAGUUACAAAUACUGAUAUUGUAUUGCCAAAGGUUGUUAGGGACCCUGUUUUGGUGUCAAGUCAAACUGCUAAUUCACAAGUACCAGAUACAGUUUCAUAUGUUUGUGACUCUUCUGUAAAAAAUGAGGUUCCUUUGCCAACUGAUGUUUGUACUCCAGGGGUCAGUCUCUACAAUGAAGCUCCAAUGGACAUUGAUGCUGAUGAACAGAUGUUGUCAGAUCUCGCAUCACGGGGUGGUGUUAAAUGUGAUGGUGAAGAAGAUGACGUAGUUUUGCCAGAUGAAUUUAUUAGACGGGACAACAUAGAUAAUUUGUUUAAUACUGGAAAUAAUUUGUUUAAUACUGGAAAUAAUUUGUUUAAUAAUGGAAAUAAUUUGUUUAAUACUGGAAAUGAAGCAUUUGUAAUAGAACUGUUAGGCGAUCUGCCUGAACACAAUAUGACUCUCUCUUCCUCUCCCCAUGUAAGUCAUGAUUCCUCAGAUGGAGAAACUCUGGAUCCAUUUGAGACAGCUUACUUAAAUAACAUGAUGAACAAUUUCUUCAGUGCGAAAGAGGAUUUUUCACAUGAGAAACAAGAAUGCAUUUUGCGCGGAGUUUCGUCAGCAACAAAGGCAGCAUUUGUGAAUGUACAAACAGAAGAACCAAGCAAAAAGAUUAUGGAAGGAGAUGGUGGUUCAACGGAUGAAGAAACUGAAAACUAUUAUGAAUGUCAAAAUUCUCGACCACAGAGUGAUGAUGUUGACAAAAAUAGGCUUCGCGCAGGAGGGAAGGUCAUACCAACUGCAGUAAUUUCUUCCAUUGGUUCCGUCAGUGUGACUGUGAAAGAUAAAGAAUUGGCAGAAUCUCCAUCACGUAAUGAUAUUGAAAAUGAUAAUUCACGUAAUGAUAUUGAAAGUGAUAAUUCACGUAGUGGUAUUGAGAAUGAUACUUCGUGUAACAAUAUUGAAAAUGAUGCUUCAUGUAAUGGUAUUGAAAAUGAGACUUCAUGUAACCGUAUUGAAAAUGGUACUUCUCAUAAUGGUAUUGAAAAUGAUACUUCUCAUAAUGGUAUUGAAAAUGAUACUUUAUGUAAUGGUAUAGAACAUGAUACUUCAUGUAAUGGUAUUGAAAAUGAUACUCGUCAAAGUGCAACAGCAGAUGAUUCAUUCCCUAAUAGUAAGAGUAAUGCUUGUGAAAUUAGUAGUAUUAGGGAAGCACCCUCUCAGCCACACAUCACUGCUAAUUCUGCACCUCUGAGUUCUGCUAGUAGUACAUCCAGUGAAGAAUCUCAGAUUCAGACCAUUGACAAUUAUACACCUGUCGUGAAUGUUGAGGCGAGGACCCAGCCUUGUGCUGAAAGAAUAGAAGUUCCUGAACUAAGAGAAGAAGAUGUAGCAACUCUUCAAAAAUCAUCAACUGAAAAAGCUCUUCCCAGAAGCUUGGAAAACACUGAGACAGUUAGAGAACACUGUGUUGAGACUGUUAAAGAACACUGUGUUGAGACGGUUAAAGAACACUGUGUUGAACCGAUCAAAGAGAACUGCAUUGAAGACACCCAGUAUCAGAGUGUUACGGUUACAGUUUCUGAAUAUAAUACAGAAUUGGCAGAGUGCCUUCCAAGUGUUGAAUCUGAUUCUUGUAAAGUAUCAGAACAACCUGUAAAGGAACUGCCAAAACCAUCUCAAAGAGGUCGUAGAGGACGGCCAGCUUCGAAGUCAACUACCGUUAAUCGGAUAACAAGAUAUUGUUUGAAAUCGCCUGGUAGAGCUGUUAAAGAAGAUGAAGAUCGCAAGUCACCUGUAAAAAAGCAGAAGAAAGGCAGAGAUAACCUAAAUGCAAGGCCACUCACCAGGAGUGUAUCAAAGCUGACCCAGUGGCUCCUCAUCCUGGCAGAAGUGUUGAAGGGGAAGGAAUACAUAUGAAGGAAAAGGACUAGUGAGGUGUGGGAAAUAGUGGGAGUUUGGAAGAGUUGCCCAGAAGCCUAUUGCCAUUGUUCCUCUAGGAUUUUCCUUUGUUUGAAAGGAGGGUGGAAAAAAAGCUUUUAGCGCUGCUAACAACGAACUAUAGUCCUCUCAUUUCUAAUAGUUUCCAAGUUAAACAUUUUUCAAAUGAUACUUUGUGGGAACCCUAUAAUGUAUGAGGCACACUUAGAAAUACUGUCUGCAUUGUGGCACUGGCUGCUCCAUUGGAACAAGCUCAAUCACACAGCAUUUAGUGUCAUGAAACUCUUUUACCAAAAGCAAAAUGACAACAGUUUUGCAUCUGCCCUACUGGAUCUUGACUCUUGCAGCUUUUUGCUGUUCCCUAAAAUGAAAGGUAUCCUAAAAGGUAAGUAUUUUCAGCACAUAAAAGAUAUGAAACAAAAAUUGCCCUAUAUGUGAAAGUGUUUGCGGAAUACUAGCGGACUUCAAAAAGUAAGUUACACAGUAAUAUGGCAAGCCUGGUAACUUUUAUUUGAAUGCUGCCCACACUUCAAAGUGGCAUGGUUACAUCACACUAUUUUCUAACAUAGUCACCACGUCUCUGUAAACAAUGGUCAAAACAAAAACACACAUUUUCCAGGGCAAAUCUCUGAUAGUGUUUGCUUCAAUCCUGAGUGUCAAAUCAUCGCAAGGCAGUGCCAAAACAUGUAAAUACUUCAGAAGCAGCUGGUAUAUUUUCACCUUCAUUUUAUGGUCUUCUAGUUGAUGAGAUUAUCAGGGAAAAGGUUUACAAUUUCAGUAUUCUGCAUGAUUUGGUGCCCUUAAUUUGCGUUGCCAACUCUCAUCCAUUCUUGAAAGUCUUCUUCACAUUCAUAGCAAUUAAGUUCUUUUAGCAUAAUGAUUAUUUUAUUCUACACUUCUAUCAAGUUCUGUUCCUUACCCUAUCCUCUACUGCUCCGAAUGUAUCUUUCAAGUCAAUAUUUUUAUGCUUUCUUUAUAGACUUCCCUAUCCCUCCUCUGCUCCUCCCUUUCUAACAAUAACUUUUGUAACAGUUCUUUUCUAUAACACCGUUUGAACAUCUCAAUAAUGCCUUGGAGAUCGUAUUAUUCAUCCAGGUGCUCUUUUGUGGGAUGUAAACAAUAGGCAUCGCAGACACAUUAACGUUUUUGAAACAACACGGUUUGUUUGAUCGCAAUCUUUCUCGGCGUAUUCCAAUUAUGAAUUCUCGGGUUAUCAAUCGAGUGGUGGCGUCGUUGGCCGCAACGUCUCGAUGAGUUUCGUACCCAUCAUCUCCUGGCUAAGGCACCAUCUAGAUCAGUCUCCUCCAAACUGUGCCCUGGGGCACCAGUGCCUGCAAUCACUCGAGGCCAGCACACCGGGCGAAUUCGUAUGUUGUUGCAGUGGCUGAGCUGUGUCGUGUGCUGACCGUGUGGUCCAUCCGCCCCACCUCGCCAUAUCAUUGUACGAGCACUUCGUACGGAAAACAGAUCGCCGUACCAGCUGCGGUUAAAAGCAUUGAUACAACACAAAGCCAUUAGUCAACAGAUGUAAGACUACAGUAGAUCGAGAUGGAUGGUCAAGAGGAGGAGGAGAACGUCCACACUAAGUAAACCAGAGUGGGAAAUUAAUUUCUUUUGUACUGCAGUCAAAAAUCAUGCCAAAUGUGUACUAUGUCAUCAGAACCUCAUGUAUUUUAAAAAGUACUUGAUUGAACAGCACUUUAAUUCCUGUCACAAAGAUCAGUUUGAAAAUUUGGCGCAAGAGGAACGCCAGUUAAAGCUUGAAGAUCUGAAAGAAAAUUUCAAGCAGCAUUACAGUGAAGUAAGUGUUUCCUAUUGUAUGACUCUUUACUAUACAUAAAGAUGAUAAAUAAAACUAUUUUAUAAUCCAAUAUGUCACUUGGCAAUGAGCCAGUUAUCGAAUA